CUGGUAUCUUGCCCUCGUGCAUUGACAAUCUUAUCGUCCAUAUAAGAGAUCCUGGAGACGUCCUUGGCAGAUAUCAUCAUGCCGUUCCUCAUCUUGAAAUUCUGUCUGCAGGAUAUCUCGCAAGACCUUACUUGGCCUCCAUAGAAACCCACUGAACAAGCAACGACCCUCGAGCAUGGAAACGCAUAGUCGACGACGUGUACCGUUGGACAAGCGAAAGAGGACGGAGACGAGCUGCGACAAAUGCAAAUCGCGAAAGCAGAAAUGCGAUCGAAUACAUGGACAAACACAAUGCCGAUACUGCGAACUACAUGGGAUAGAGUGUACUAGCACUCAGCCGCGGAAGAAGCGUGUAUAUGGAAACGUUGAAGGAUUGGGAACCAGACUUGCUCUUUUAGAGUCACUGGUCAAGGGUCUUCUGCCAGAGGCAAACCUGUCCAGUAACGACGAGAUGCAGCAGCUGGGAAAGUCCUUAGGAAUUCCCCUUCCGCCUCUCGAAGACAAUACAAUCAACGCACAAAAGAACAAAGAGGAAGAAGAGAUCACCCUCCCCCUACUACCUGAUCAGCAAGGUCAGGUCCAAUAUAUUGGACCUGCGAGUUCGUUUGGCUUUCAUCUCAAGCUUCGAAGGCUUAUUGGCAAUUACACCGACUUCCAGUUCUCCAUGUUUGGUAAGAAUGCCGCCGAUCCAGACAUUACCUUGGCUUUCCCAAAUGCCUCUGGAGCAGCCUAUGAAAAGGAUCCCGGGGGCCAGAGAACUUUAAGCAACGCAUCAAGCGAUUGUGGUUCCCCUUCAGAAGCAAUGCGUGAGAUCGACCCCACUACAUUGGAAUCUCUGAUUGAUUCUUACUUCGACGUCGUUCAUUCGGAUUUUCCGGUCCUCCACGAUGCCUCGUUUCGAGAGACGUAUGAGCUUUGGACUGUUUCGGACGCGACAUCUGCUGCCAAUCCGGUAUGGUUAUGCGGCCUGUUUUGUGUUCUCCUUCUCGCACGUCGCGUGGCAUCAGUUAGUAUUCCACAAGAAGCUGAACGACACUGGUGGCGAUACGUGCAGACUCUUCUUCCCACUGUAUUUUUUGCCUCAAACAUCUUUGCUGUGCAGGCACUUCUUCUUGCUGCACUUCAUCUCCACAAUACCAGUCACCGUGACGCUUGCUGGAAUUUGACUGGAACUGCUGUUCGGAUUGCCCACGCAAUUGGAUUGCAUCGUGACGACGUGAAACAUGCCCAAAGUCCUUUAGGCAGAGAGCUAAGGAAGCAAUUGUGGUGGACUCUUUACGCAUUCGAGCAGAUGCAGGUCUCUUCAUACGAUCGACCGAGUGUUAUCGAGCACAAUGUCAGCCUUGUCAGUUGUCCCAACGAAAGAAUUGUGGGCGUCGCUGGACAUUGCCCACAAGAUUACAUGAAGUGGUCCCAAAAGUUGGUUAUCCUCUUCGGAACAGCAUGCAGAGUCCUGAACACUGUCGGCAACAACCAUAACAUUCCAGAUGAUGCAUACAGUAGACCUCUUUCUCCUGCUGCUGGAGUCCUUCGCGAUCUCAUCAAAUGGCAGAAGGAACUUCCUUCCCAUUUACGAUUAGAUGUUACUGAUUCUCUCGCGCCAUCUUCACGGAGACCCAUCCUCCUAUUACAUGCUCAAUUCCAUUAUACCGUGUUACUCAUGUCGAGAUCAACUCUACUUCGGCGUGCCACAGUCCUGUCAACCAACAUCGAUGACCCUCCGUCGGAGGCAUUACUUGUCAUUUCCAAGACCUGCAUCGAUUCCGGUCGAGCGCUAGGCCGACUUCUACUGAAGCUGGAUUCAAUCAAUAAAUUCAACGCCUUUACUUGGUGGGAUAUUUUCUACACCGUUGCAUCCGCGUUGAUCCUCGUUUUGGACAUCAGUUGCUCUGCGAAGCAGAAUCGCUUGUCCUCUGGGGCAGCAUCCAAAGACAUUCUGCAAAAACUAGCAUGUCUAAUGUCAAGGCAGCUUCGGGACUGGAAUGUUCCGGGCUCGAUGGCGAAAUGGGCAACUAUUGUAGUCGACGUGAAUGCGACUGCUGAAGAGCUGAUGACUACGCCUACAAUGCAACGUAGCGCUCGUCUCCAGGAUGUUCUAGCACCUGCAGCUAUAGGAUCAAUUGAACCUAUUCAACAUAUACCCCAACACGAAUCAGAUCAAACGAUUGGCAUCAAUGAUACAGGUCUCGCGAUUCCGUUUCCGUACUCAAGUCCCACUGAUGGAUUCUCGUACGAGACUCCCGCUCCAGGCCGAGAAGAGGCUCAACAAUUCUGGGCUGAACUAUCUUUUAUGGACGAUCUCAAUGAGCAAUCACAAGAUUGGAGUUGGGAUGACAUUGAUGCGAUUCUCAGAGGAUCUGAGCAACAGAAUGACACGCGGCGCCAUAUACCUUGACCAAUAUGAAUAUGAAUCAUUUCCUGGUCCAACCCUUAUAUCUUAUCCGCUACUUUGAUUUUACUUCACUUGACUCUCGUUAGAUCCUCAGAGAACCGCAUCAGAGGUUUCUUAUAUUUGUAGCGCGACUGGUAUGGAAACCAUGAGUCUGCUUUCACUGCUCCGUCGUAUACCAUCUUGUCUUGUCAAAAUACAUGUUUGUAGUCUUUCUGAACAUCCAACGCUUCACCAGGCGCAAGUGCAGCUGGUUUCCCAUCUAUUCUUUGGUUGUGUGGUUAAGAUGUACAUCACAAACAACAUCAAUGGAAAGCUGAAGACAGUGGUUCCAGGUCCUACGCUAAAUCCGACAGGAUACUUUAGUGCCUGCCUAGUAAUGAAAAUAUCAGAGGAGACAAAGUUGGCACAGUUCCCAACCCAAGCUAUAUAGCAGUACCAAAUGAUUUAUGCGCAUGUCCUCUGAGGUUCGUAGUCAGUAG